AUGACCACUGAAUACUACCCCAUGGCUCAGUGGCCUGCGCAUCCUAUGCAAAUGGCCGAGCCCCAAUUGAUAACCCAAGAAGAACUCGACCAGCAAGCCUUGAUGGAUGCAGGUUUUCCCAUGCAAACCGACUUUGAGCAAUAUCUCCCGCAGUUGGAUGAGAUUGAUCAACUGGAUUGGAACAGUGAAAUGGCCGGCAAACAAACAUUUCUACCACCAUAUCCCCAGUCAUGGUACGAGGCAGGCCUUGUUAGUGACCAGCGCAAACAGCUAGAAGCAUCAUGGAAGAAUGGCUUCAUGAUGCCAGAAUAUCAAACCAUGACACCCACAGCCACCUACCACGAUGCAGAAAAUGACCUCCUCUCCCGAACCGCCAGCGAAAGAGCCCUUUUCAUGACCCCACCGGCUCAGCCUCACUAUUACCCGACAUUCCCAGGCUCCCCGAUUUCUGAACUUUGCAGCACCCCCGAAAUGUCUCACUCGUCGCACUGGGAAUCUGAGUACGAGGACAAAGAAAGGGAUAGAGAAACAUACACUCGAUCGCCCUACACCGCUCCAGAACCACACCGACUGGAAAAUGAAGCCGGGGAUUAUUUUUCGCGCGGGGUAGACGUGAAUUCGCAUGUGCAUGUGCAUGUCGACGAGUCGGAGUGUGAGACUGUCUUGGAAAUGCCCGAUGGUACCACCCGCCGCACGGCAAAUUGGCUACCCGUGGACUCGAGCGCUGGGUUCACGAUCGGCCCGGAGCAGAGAGGACUUUAUAAGGACCGUCCGCAGAUGGAGUUUGAGGAUAUUCAGGGGGGGUUUUUUCAUGAGCCCUGCCAGAUGAUGGGUGUUUCGUCUACCUCGAAUAAUCUAUACUAUCAUGGUAUGCGCUGGCGCUACCAUUCAAAUAUCGAUCUCAGUGAAGAGGAAGGGGAUUCCCGUUGGUCCGAUUCAGCGAUUCAUGCACCUCGAAGCACGCGGGUUGUCGCGUCAAAAGUACCAAUUAGCCCCUCUAAUCUCGCCGAGUGGGGAGACUCGUGCGAUCGGUUGCGUUUCACCUCUCCGCAUCGAGGCAUCCGCCCUAGCUACGAGUACGAGUAUACGGGGACCACAUACAGUACUUGGAUUCUGGAGAAUCCCAAGUCUAUACUUGGUUCAAAGAGGAUAAAAGGGUUACAACCAGACGCAACAGGCGCCUCCCCAGCUGCGCAACCCUGUGAGAAGACGAGCGCAGUGGGGCAUGUGAACAAACUACUACUAGUAAUUAGUGCAUUUGGUGAUGGUGCAAAAGAAUUGAUCGAUGACUCAAAGCUAUCGCACAUCACUGAAGAUUUCUAG